AUGAGCGACAGGUUUACGAGUGAGCGACAACUCGGUCAGAAAGCUCUCCAGAACUCAUCGCAAGCCUACGAUAAGCAACUGCUUUCGAAGAUUGGCGGCCCGAAUACACCCACACGGACGACUGCACCACCACUCCCCUCUGGCAACUCCCAAGACCCCGCCGCCGAUACACACGCUUCUUCACAUAAGCUCAACGGCCAACUGAAGCCACUGACUGUACCGGCUACAUCACCUGGCUACAGCGGCUGGCGAAGUCCCGGCUUCGACUCGGCGGAUUCAUACAGAUCACGUUACGGCAGCAUCUCAACGCCAGGUCCUUUGGACGAAACUUCUUCACAACACCGUGGUAGCUACGAUCAUAGCAUAUUCUCGGAUCCUGAGUUUGUUGGCAUGGAAGAGAAUGGAAUGCGGGAUUUGAACAUCAACGAGCGCAGCCCUGCCGAGUCAGAGGACUAUCAGUUAGGCCCAAAGGGUGGCCUGAAACGGCGGGCCUCGUCCCCGCCCUCUGAAGCCGCGCGCGAUGACCGUCCCAUUCCGACUGGCCAUAACGACCUCUACCACCGUCGCUCCCAGCAAAUGCUCGUCAAUCGGAACUGCACAGCUUCGCGUUUUCAGUCAACCCAAAACUCACUGUCCUCCGCUGGGUCCGCAAGUCAACGUAGUGGCUCGAUUGGCUCCUCAUUUGGCUUUUCAACCGCUCCAAGUAGCAUGGCAAGUUAUUGCGGAGAUCAGCGCCUAUCGCCCAGUGCGUUGUCGCCUUUGGGCGAAACAGAGUUAGGCGCAGUCUCGCCAUAUGCAGCUAAUAGAUCGUUGGACCCUAGUCCCCGCGGGUCGUUGUCGCGACCUCCGCAUCAACGGGGUUUCUCAGAGGCCGAGCAUCCGCAGAUACGAAAAAUGUCUACGGAGAGCAUGCUACACUCACGUCAGAAUUCAAUCGCAAGCCGCAUACCGGGGGCUUAUAUUUGCGAAUGCUGCCCUAAGAAACCCAAGAAAUUCGACAGUGAAGAUGAGUUACGGUAA